UGUACCAGAGCGCAGCUGUCACCAUUACUUCAUGCUCAUUUAGCCCGAGAGAGAGGCAGAGCAAAAGGCAAACAACAGGAGAGAGAAAGAGAGGGAGAGAGAGGGAGGGAGAGAGAGAAAGAGCCGGGACCCCUGCGCUCUGCUCCAUCGAUCCGCACAAGGCGCACCGAGGAUCCUCUCCGGUCCGGACGCGGGGCCACGAAAUCCUCCCCUCUCUUGUUUUAGGUGUUCUGGAAUGCCAAACGUGGAYACACUGUUUGGAACAUCAUGCUGCUGGGCUAUUUGGUAGUGAUUGUGUUCUGCCUGUGGGCUUCUGAUGUCAGCAGAGCUUAUGUGUUUCAAGCCACCCGACCUUUAGAGGGAGGAGACAGCCUACCAACUCACACUAAAGUCUUAUCAGAGUGGGUCAGCACCGCAGGCUCCUGCAAGGGGAGGUGCUUCGAGCUGGAGGUGGUCGAUCCUCCGGGAUGCCGAUGUGACAAUUUGUGCAAAACCUACUACAGCUGCUGCUCCGACUUCGACGCUCAGUGUCUGAAAACAGGGUCUGUACCCAGAGUCUCAUGGGAUUGUGGGAAACACCAUGUAUGAUCCAGAGUUUAAUGCCACCUUCAGUUUGCGCACCAGAGAGAAAUUAAACCACCGCUGGUGGGGCGGGCAGCCGAUCUGGAUCACAGCAGGACAACAAGGAGUGAAAGCAGGAACCUUCUUCUGGCCUUGGGUGAUUCCCAUUGAAAGGAGGAUUUUAACCAUCCUGCGCUGGUUGCAUCUGCCUGAUAAAGAGAGGCCGUAUGUUUACGCAGUCCACUCAGAGCAGCCGGACACCUUCGGCCAUCGCCUCGGACCGCUCAGCAAYGAGCUGGACAACCCUCUGAGAGAAAUCGACAACAUCAUCGGUCAGCUGAUGAACGGACUGAAGCAGAUGAAGCUGCAUCGUUGUGUCAACGUCAUCAUUGUAGGAGACCACGGAAUGGAGGAAGCUCACUGUGACAGAACAGAGUUCCUCAGCAACUACCCUCUCAACCUGGACGACAUCAUGCUCAUCCCCGGCUCCAUUGGUAGAAUACGUCCCCGUGACUCAAAAUCCACCACAUAUGACCCAAAAGUUGUGGUGGCAAACCUGACAUGUAAAAUGCCAACUCAGCACUUUAAACCGUACCUGAAGCAGCAUUUACCCAAAAGGCUUCACUACAUCAGAAACCGCAGGAUUGAGGACGUCCAGCUGCUGAUGGAGAGGAAGUGGCACAUCGCAAAGAAAAUGCCAGAGAAGCUGAGGACUAGGUGUGGGUUCUUUGGUGACCACGGCUUUGACAACAAGAUAACGAGCAUGAGGACGAUCUUCAUCGGCCACGGACCCAGCUUCAAAUUCCGUACGAGAGUGCCAGAAUUUGAAAACAUAGAGUUAUACAACGUCAUGUGUGACUUGUUGGGUCUGAAGCCGGCUCCAAACAACGGGACACACGGCAGCCUGAACGACAUCCUGAGAACCCCCCAGUUCCAGCCCACCAUGCCCCAGGAAGUCACGCCCCCAACACCGGCGUCUGACGCCGAGGUCACCGUGAGCCGUGAUCUGGGCUGCAGCUGUGAUGAUGAGAACAGGGUGGAGGAGAUCAUUGAGACGUUCACUCCUGUACCAGACGGAGUCCACAGCUACAACAGCACCCACCUACCGUUUGGUAGACCAGCAGUUAUGUUUGGGACUCAGUACAGUCUUCUUCAUCAUGUGGAAUUCAUCAGUGGAUACAGCAAAGAACUGGCCAUGCCACUCUGGACGGCAUACACGCUGCCUCGGCAGGAGGACCCCACUCCUUUGCCAGAAGUUUCACCAAACAUUAACUGCAUCCGAAUCGACCCGAGAGUUUCGCCCRAUUACAGUCAGAGCUGCACAGCCUACAGCCAGAACAGCCACCUGACCCACGGCUUCCUCUUCCCGCCAGAGUUUGCAACGUCUCCGCAUUCCAGAUUUGAUGCUUCUCUCAUCACCAACACUGUUCCCAUGUACCCAGCCUUCAAAAGGAUAUGGAAUUACCUGCAGGGGACGCUGUUGAGGCGUUACGCAGAGGAAAACAACGGUAUAAACGUUCUCUCCGGGCCUAUUUUUGACAACAACCACGACAACCUUCGAGACACGACAGAGGAAAUUAAAGAGCUCUCGGUGGACUUCCCAGUUGUCCCCUCACACUUCUACAUGAUUGUGACCAGCUGCCAGGAGAUCAAUCAGACGGUGGAAGAGUGUGAUGGAGCGUUAAAUGUCUUUUCCUUCAUUAUUCCUCACAGGCCAGACAACAGUGAAUCCUGCAAUAGCGCUGAGGAUGAGUCCCAUUGGGUUGAAGAACUCGUGAAGCUCCACACGGCUCGAGUCCGAGACGUGGAAAUCUUGACCGGCCUGGACCUGUACCGAUCCACAAGCCUCACAUACGUCAGGACCCUAAGCCUCAAAACCUACCUGCACACCUUUGAGGAUGAUGACUAAUACGUGCACAAAGACUGGAGGUUGCCCCUUAUGAGAGGUCCCACAUUUCACUUCAUCCUCGCUGGACAGAAGGAACUGCCCAAUAUGUGCUUUAAAAUGGAUUAUAUUGUUUAUGAAAAUUUGAAAAAAAUAAAAAAGGUUUUCUUCUUUAA